AUGAAAGAACAGAAACAGAUUUAUAUAGGCUUUGCCCAAUCAACCCUUCGCAAUAAAAGAGCGGCCUUAAGAAAAGCUGCAUUGGGCUCUAACAAGAUUACAGAUUGGAUUUUUUAUGACCUCUCAAAUAGCAGUACAAAAAAUUCUAUGAACAAUAUUCACAAUAUUGAAAAUGAGAAUGAGUGUGAUGAUAUUUUAUUCUAUAACUUCAGUGAUGAUAAAGAUGACGAACACCAAAUUCGACGAAAGUCGCCAGAUUUAAGUAUUCACAUUAGUGAAUUUAUUUGUGAAUCGAUUGGGUGUCUUUGCCUUUUAGAAGAAGACAAAGUCAUGAAUGACCUUCUCCCCAAUAAUGAGCGAAUUCCAUAUAAUGAGAUGUGUGUUAUGAAUUUAAAAGAUGAAGGCAAGCAACCUCUACUUAGAGAUAGAAAAAUGCCUGAUGGCUCUGUUCAUGUAAUGACAUUUGUAGAUGAGGAUAGUAUAAAAAAACCAAAAGGGAUUCAACAUAUUCUUGAGGAACAUAGCCU